UAGCUUAAUAGCAUCAAUUUUACUCAUGACUUGUGAUGCUAAUCAUUUUUGUAUACAAAUUUAAAAUGGGAUUGGACUGUUUCUGUUCUCAUUUUUGUAUACAAAUUUAAAAAAGAUUAAGUUGCAUUUUAAAAUUAGAAUGAUAAGAUGGGUGGGCAUUCUUUUAGGAAUUUUUCAUAAAAGUUGGUUCUUGAUAAAAGAAAAUUUUGGAUUAAAUGUUCCUAAUCAUAUGCAACCGAUAUGUUUAAUAUUUCAGUGGUCAGCCAAACAAAAAAUCAAUUAUAUUCUAAAGAGUUGAUCGAUUAUUACUGACUUGGCAAAAUUGAUCACUGUUGAAGGGUAUCAAUUCUGUUAUUAUAAAUAAGAAAAAAAAGAACAAUUGGAACAGGGUAUUUAUUUAUUUAAUUAUUUGUGCGACGAGAGAGGGGGCCGAAGGGCAAAGUUAUAUGUUCCUUCCAAUUUUUAUGUCGGCAUAGUUCUUUGUGUUCUUCACAAACACAGCGUAAUUUUUUCCGGCGAAGAGAGGGAGAAAUGGCAUCUGCAGCGGCAUCAACUCCGGCUUCGUCCUCCACCUCAACUUCUUCCGUAGAUUCCAGUCGCGAUCUCAUGAAGCAGAUAUGGAGCUACGAGGUUGCUAUAGCGGAGCUCAAGAGUCUUCCCUCCUCUCGGGUCUGUAAAUUCACUACAGCUGUGUAUCAGAAAAAGGGGAACAUAUUUUUCCGUACCAACAUCCAGGAAGCAACAUCAUUUGAAAAGAGACAACUUGAUGCAGCUAAAGCUGAACAACAAAAGUUAAAUAACUGGACUGCACCCUGAUUAUGGUUUGAGCUCUCCAUGGUCUGCCAUUUGUUUUGUCGCCUGGUGUUACAGACUAAAAUGCCUGUUACACCAACUAUUUGCUGUGAACACGACAAAUUGUGUAUCUUCUUGAGGCACUUAUUUUGAACAGCUUGAUAUGUACAUAUGGAUUUUUUUAGUCUUUUUUUGGGAAAUAGAUAAUCAUCUCUCACCGUAAUGAAAAGGGCAUCCCCAGUAUACAAUGCUCUCCUCUUUGGUUUGCAAGGGUUGGAAAGUUGUUUUCUUGCAUGUA